AUGAGCUUUCCCUCGCCAAUGACGCCGGGCUCUACACCCCAAUAUGAUCGCGAUUAUCGCGACUAUUCUGCCACCCCUUCGCCGAGACGAGACUGGACCUUCGACAGCCCGACGACGCCCAUUCGCCCUGCCACGCGUGCCGCUCACGGACGGGCUGCCAGCUACUCUCAGCGCUCUCCAUUCCCGCCUCACCCGCAGGUAGUCCGCCCGCAGCCGCCCGUCUACAGUCCUCAUCCGUGGGGGGACUCGCCGCGAUACACCAGCGAUGGGGUCUACGCCGCCAGGGUUGAUGUUGAUGUGAGUCCCAAACAUUUCUCGUCGUCGCGCCGGCCUUCGGCUUCGUUCCACAUUCCCUCGCGGGGCGAUCGCAGACACUCGUAUUUCCAUGUCCGGGCUUCUACUCCCUAUGGAGAAUCCGACGAGGACGAGAUCAUCGAGACGCUGGCAGGUACCUACAUCUUGCCAGGUCAAUCACGCCGCCGCACCGGCCAACGCCCCGACAAUCACCAUGGAUAUCAUGACGGAGGGCGGUACACUAAUGAGCAUGAUUAUCAGCAGACCCAGCAGCCUCCAUCUUACUACUAUCACAAUGGCUACGAUUACCCUACCUAUGGCGGCGCUGCUACGCCUGGUCCCGACCGCUUCACCCCUCGCGAGUCGCCUCAGAGCCCGCGUUUCCAGACCCGUCCCCCUACUAGCUUCAGCCACUCCCGCCAUUCCUCCAUGGCUACCCCCAAACGCCCCUCUACUGCACGCCCCCAGAGCUCCCACAAGACAAAGCCCAACCCAGAUGAGCCUCCUGCUCCCCGCAAGGCAACCGAGGCCGAUGCAAAGCGCCACAGGAUACCUGCUGGCUAUGCUCUCAAGAAUUGGGAUCCCGAGGAGCGACCCAUUCUCCUGCUCGGCAGUGUCUUUGACUUCAACAGCUUAGGCAAGUGGAUCUUUGAUUGGACUGUCUAUCGUGAAGGCCGUGGCGCUCCCAUUGCCGACAUUGCCGGUGAAUUAUGGCUGCUUCUGAUCCAGCUCAACUCCAAGAUCAAGGUCACUGAAAACGUCAUUGGCAGUGUUCGCAACCCCGAAAGCCGCGACUUGCUUGGAGACUUUGUCGAAUCAGGCGAGCGUCUCAUGGAGAAGCUGCGAGCUCUUCUCAAGGCCUGUGAGGCUCCCAUGCUCAAGGCGGCCAAGAAGCGCCAGUCUGGUCUGGGCAAGAGCUCUGGUAUCGAGUUUGUCCAUACUCUCUUCGGUCCCGACCGCGAGGGCGAACAGACAGACAAGUUUAUGCAGAGCAUUCGUCUAUUUAUUCUCCGCUUUGAUGCCAAUUGUGAUGACAUUGUCCGGAACCCCACCCGAUAA